UACACACAAAGAAAGUACAAGUUCAAAAACUCCUGAAACGUCUAUUUUCGUCCUGACUGUGCAAAUUGCUACGUGUCCAAUUUUCAGUGCGACCGACCUGUCAGUGCGCUAUCGAGGUGAUCCCCAAGUGCAGCAAUUUGAAAACUCACUCUUUAACGUUUUUAAGAAAGUUUGUGGUGAAUUAAAAUGGGAAUGAUAACAAGAGUGCGUGGAAGACUUAGAAGUCUUCACAGCAUUCCCAAGCUGGAUCCUGAGGUCAGGGAUGAAAAAAUUGCCGAAACAGUUUGUCUUCUCUCAGUUUUGUUUUUACUGCCCUACUGUUCACGAGGACAUUCUCCAUUGCUGGUCAGCCUUGGAGGAUGGUGUGUGGCGACGUACUCUUUCUUAGUACUUCCAUUAAUGAUAUCCGCCAACUACAAGUACCCCGUCCGUUGGUUCAGACAUAUUGCUGCUAAAGCACCAGAACUGCUGCGAAAAUAUUCUACACCGAUGUGGUCCAUAAUAUGUAAAAUCUACGGACCCUUGGAUAAGUGCGAGAGAAUUUUCAUGAAAAUGUCCAAUAUUUCCAAUUUAGCGACACAGUUAGUUUUCUUCAUGAUGUGUGACAGGGUCCUUCUGUGCAACUUCGGAGGUCAUAACUGUCCUCAGAAAAAAUUCACUGGUCUCUACACCUUAAUGUUUUACAACGUAAUCGCCUACUGCGUGAGCUACAUUAAAGAGCUAAUCCAAAAAGAGGACUGGAGCAUGACUGUCUCCAUUACGCAACACAGUAAGCUUAAGCACGUAGCCAUGUCAGCGACCAAAAUUGUUCUGGAAUGGACUAAAGCGGUCACAUUCAUUAUAACAGUCACGUUUAUGCUCCUGGUGUUUGGAUUGGAACAAGGUUUGCAGCAUUACCAGCCAACUGCUCUUUACACCCUCAUAACUUGGACCUACUACAUGUGCACCGAGAAAGUGUUCGUGGAACUUUUCCUACCUUUCUUGCUCCUGCUGAAACUAAAAUGCCUGGAAGCACUCGAAGCUUUUUACGCCCCCGUAAUUUUGAGGUACUACACGGUCACCCUGGCGACAAUCUUGGUGUCGUUCUUAACCUUCUACGGUCAAUUGAGGUUCACCAUUUUGGCAUUUUACCUCACGGUCUAUUUGAAAGUGAAGGACAUGGUUUUGAAUUCGUUGAAAAAGCUCAGAGAUGAACAGGCCGUUUUGGGAAAAUUCAGAUAUGCGACGGAAGAAGAGAUCGCUAACUGCGACGAUGUUUGUGCCGUGUGUCUCAGUCCGAUGGAACGUGCCAGGGUCACACCCUGUCAUCACUUGUUCCACGCGGAUUGUCUGAGACAGUGCUUAAAUAAUUCGAUGAUUUGUCCGAUAUGUAAAAGAGAAUACACAUUUGUACAUUAACUAAGGCUUUUUCUGGGUGAUUUUUGCUAAUUGUUUUGGACGGAAGAGGUUGUAACUCAUUCUGUAUGGAAAAUAACUGAUUUCAAAUGAGCGUUCUGAAAAUAAAUUUAUUCGUGAAGUAAAAACAAAAUCGGAAACAUAUUUACAAAAACAAAAAUGUAUAGUUUCAAGUAAACCAUUCUAAAACUAUAAAAUCGAAACUUUUCAAGUGAGUGUGAUACGUAUAGAGUAGGAAUAAUAAAAAUACCAUGAUACCACUCAGCGAUUCAUGUGCAAUUGCGUCUAUCUUUUACUUUAUUUAUUAAAAAAAUAUAUCUACAUUUAUUUCUGGUUGUUUAUUUCUAAAAAUCAAAUACAUAUGUUAUAUAAAAUGCGAAAAAUGUGCCAAAGUUAUAAAUAACUUUUAGUUGACAGCGCUGGUAGCCUAUUUACUAUUUAACGGCGUCUUAGAUCAACAUUAUCAGGUACUAAUUGCUAAUUUGUUAUUUGAUAUUCCACAAUUUUUGUGUUGUUUUCAUAGUUUAAUUAUAGCUGCAGUAUUAACGUGUUUAUUUUAAUUUUAACUUUGACUCGUUUAGACCGAAACAAUUAGCAAUAAAUACUGAACUUUGUAUUUAUUUUUUAUACGUAAAUGGGAGAUUGUAUGACUGUUUAAUUGUAUUUUUAUACAGACGAGUUAGUUUAAUUAGUUUUUACCAAAAAGUUUUGUAUUAGUUUUUAAUACAAACUAAUAUAAAACUGUUUAGGGUUAGAUUUUUGUUAGUGGUAUUUUAUAUAAGAAUGAUGUGCCUAAUUUUAAUGGUCAAUAAAUUUAUUUUGUAUAU